UGGUUCUGGGUGGCGGCAGUGAAGGAAGCAAGGAGGUUUCUGCCAAGGCAGGCCUUGCACUCAGUAGGCAGGCAUGAAUGUGGGCCGAGCUGCACCUGUAGGUUUCACCGGGAUUUCUCCCCUGGCAGGACUCACAGAUUUCAAGCCUGGCUACUGGAUUGGCAUCCGCUAUGAUGAACCACUUGGGAAAAACGACGGCAGUGUGAAUGGGAAACGCUACUUUGAAUGCCAGGCCAAGUACGGUGCCUUCGUCAAGCCAUCGGUUGUGACGACGGGGGACUUCCCUGAGGAGGACUACGGGUUGGACGAGAUGUGACGCCCCAGGAAGGGUACCUCCCCGCUCCAGCUUCUGACUUGCGCCCUCCUUCCCUCCCCAUGUGCGUGUCGAGGGCCUUCUUUUCCUCUUCCCGUUUUUAUCCUCCCUUGCCAUUGGCUACUGAGACGUGCGCAUUAAACUCGUGGAAAACUUGGGAAAUGUUGGGGGGAUUAUGGGAGGA